CCCGUAAACAGUAAAUGGCUUUUGCUAUUGUUGACCGAAACUCAACACCAACCGGCAAUAGAUCCUUAUGAUACUUCUGUAGGCUUGAAUGAAAAAAGCUUCGGAGGAAGCGGAUGGGGAGGAAGACUAUGACGAAGAAGAGGACGACUCUGGACGAGGCUACCCUCUUAUUGAUGGCAGCGAUCACCGGUAUGUUGGGUGGGUGUCUGCAACGACCUCUACGUGGGGAUGCUACAUGAAUGGAUGGCUAAACGAGACCUUUGAUCACGUCGGCCGCUAUUGCCGCUCACCCCCUAUUGAUCCUCGCGGCGAUAUGCCAAUGCCUGGUUAUAAAGGUAUUGAACGAAUAAGAUGCUGGGAAAGCGGAUCUACCAGACGUCCAAAUGCAAACUGGAAACUUGAUCAAGGUUAUAAUUGUCCGUUCUACACUACAAGACCUACCGUAGGUAUCACAGUUUGCUUGUAUUCGGGCACAGCUGUCCUGCAGGGUGAAGCAGUAAAAUAUCUUGUAUUGCCGUUUCCCGAAAGAGAAGAAAGGAAAGAUCACCACCAGCGACAAGGGGGGCUGGGCUUCAUUCAGGUCUUCCCUGCUCUCAAGACCCAUGAGCAGCAUGGGAUAACUGCGGAUGCUUACUAACUUGGACGUCACAGGCGAAAGGGACGGAAGCCGGCCAGAUUGGAGACCGGACCCGCUCACAGUGGAGAGGAGAGCCUACUCCAGUAAGAUCUGCAACGCCAUAUACCUCUCGGCCUGCGGGUCUAGUCGAGUUCUGGACGACGA